UUUGUUUUCGAUAAUCUCCCAUGCUUGGGAUGGACAAACGAUCGAAGCCAAUCAUUCAUGAGCAGAGCCAGCUGCAACAAUCAAACACCGUAUUAGCUUGAAAUACCACUGUAUUUACUCACUCCCGAUCAUCGCCACAGAGGCACAUCAUGUGGCGAGCAGCCGCCUCCCGCCUCCUCCUUCCCCGGCGGCCGCCGUCCGCCAUGGUGGCACGUACUGCCUGGAACCUCCACCAUUUCUCACCGUUAACGCCGCAGCAGCGCCCGUCGGUGGCGGAGUUCACGCCGGCAGAGGCUCAGCGAAUGGUGCGGCUUGUUGGACUCGAGGUGCUCAAGAGGCGGCUGCGGAGCCGGGAGGACGAGGUGGUACCGUACACCGAGUUCCUGGGCGCAUGCGUGGAUGCCGGGGCAGCCCCGACGCGCGGCCAGGCGGAGGCGCUCGCGGGGGCGAUGGAUCAGGCAGGGAGCGUGGUGCUCUUCCGGGGAAAGGUCUACCUCCACCCCGAGAAGAUCGUAGAUCUGGUUAGAAGCGUCGUGCCGCCUGUACUCGAGCUAGAGGACGACACGAGAAGGGGAGAGUUUCAGCUACUGAAGAAAAAGAAAGAAGAGAUCGACAGGCAGGCGUGCAGGCAAGUGAGGCGAAUCCUCUGGUCAGGCUUUUGGUUCGUGCAAGCCACGGUCGGCUUAUGCUUCCGCUUCACAUUUUGGGAGUUCUCGUGGGACGUUUUAGCGCCGAUCACCUUCUACGUGGCCAGCGCCCACCUGCUUUCCGGCUACGCCUAUUUCCUCAUCACCUCGCGCAACCUGUCCUAUCGAACCUACAUGGAGAGGCUGUUUAAAUUAAGGAGGAGAAAGCUUUGCGCGAAGCAUGGUUUUAACAUGGAGAGGUACCUGGAAAUGGAGGGGCACAUGAGGUGUCCUCUGGGAGGUGAUUAUUCUCAAGGUGCUACCAAAGCAAUCUUCGGAGAAAUCGAGCGGAGGAUGCAGGCCGGGCAGCAUGAGGUGGUCGACCAUGGCGAGCUCAUGGACGCGUUGACAGAGAGCGGGCUCGCGCCCAUGGAGGCGGAGGAACUCAUGCGGAAGAUGGACGAGAUGAGCUUGGUGCUGCUCUUCCGGGUAAAGACCUACCUCAACCACAAGAAGGUUGCGGGCCUGAUCAGAAGGGCCGUGCCGUUUGCGCUCGCCCCAGAGGACGAUGCAAGGAAAGAAGAGUUCAGGCAACUCCAGGCGAAGAUGCAAGAGAUCGACGGCAUGGCACGCAGGCACGCCGUGCGGAUCCUAUGUGUUGGCUUCGCGUCAUUUGUGCUCCAGUUUGCCCUCUUGUUCCGCCUCACGUUCUGGGAGUUCUCUUGGCCUGUCAUAGAGCCACUCGCCUACUCCUUGGCCGGACUCCAGCUGAUUUUCUGCUACGGCUAUUUCCUGCGUACCGCGAGCAACCCGACGUUACAGGACUUUAAGCGGAGGCUGUUCUUGGCCAGGAGGAGAAAGCUAUGUGCCAAGCUUGGCUUUGAUAUGGACGGGUACCUGAAGUUGCAGAAACAUUCUAGGGGUCCUCCGCAAGGUGAUUAUUGAACUCAAGAUCAUGGUCAUAUGCCUUAUGACUUGUAACACCGAAUUUCUCAGCUAUUACUUGAUACCAGUACUGUCCUCUUUAAUUCUUAAAAUAUUUUCCUUUGGGUUCCUUUAACUAACUGCAUUGCCGUGUGCUACCAAAGCGAUCUUGACACGAACCAGCCGUCACCU